AUGGAAAGAUUUAGACUGGAAGAAAAUCAUGCGUUUCACCAUAAACCCUUGGCAAUUGUGGUUGCUGUGUCCGCUCUUCCAGAAGGCUAUAACUUACCUAGACCUAUUGGUCCAUUUUUUACCCCUGGAAGUUGCAGCGAUGGACAAGUGCUGCACAUAGACGGAAGAUGUGUAAUUCCUCAAGUGCUCAAGCGUGUGUUUGUGUAUGAUGUGCCCUUGAAUGUAGCUGUUGCGAAAAGGCCAGAGUUUAUCCCAGUACCUAAAGUUGAACACAAUAUAAUUUUCAUGAGACUUCCUGAUGAAUCAUUAGAACCAGAACCCAUAGUUGUACCUCCCCCGAGGCAGCAACACGCCAUUUACGUCCUGAACAAGCAACUGGAACAAGACCAGCGAGUGAUCGAGGUUCCAGCACCGCCGCCAUCCAACUCCGAAGUGUUCUUCGUGAACUACGCAGAAGGAGAGAACCCGACCCUUCCCAGCGGAGUAGACCUUCAGACAGCGCUUGGUUCAGCUAUCCAGGGGACAGGGGAAAUCGUGAGUAAUAACGGGGCUGCGAGUGGAAUCCCUGGUGACACCGAAGAGACUGAAGGUGCUAGUGGUAGCAUCGGAAAUGGAACUGGAGUCGUUAUCGGUGGGAACGGCGGAGGUAGUGCUGGAGGUGAUAUCGGAGGUGGCAGUAUCUUCGGAUUUACGAGUGAAAAAGGUGAAAUUUCCGGUGUAACGUCCAGCAUUGAUGAACCCCGUUAUCCUGUUGUCCCAAUAUGCUGGCAUUCGCCGAGAUAA